UCUCUGUCCACAGCCCCAGUGAUCGUCACUCCUCCAGGUCAGGUCUUCAAUGUGAGCGGCUCUCAGGUGUUUCUGAGUUGUGAAGCUGUUGGUGUCCCGACGCCCGUCCUCACCUGGAAGAAGGUUCUUAAUGGGGGCAAAAAGAAGAUGGAGCUUCUUCCUGGAGACAAAGACAACCUGGCGAUUCAGACCAGAGGAGGACCCGAAAAACAUGAAGUGACCGGCUGGGUGCUGAUCUCUCCGCUCACCACAGAAGAAGAAGGUUCCUACGAGUGUCACGCCACCAACUCCAGAGGCGAAGCAUCGGCUGUCGGAGCCAUUCACGUGGUGGAGUCCAUCGAUGACAUCAUCGUCAAGAAAGUGACGAAGGAAGAUGAGCUGUGAUCAGCUGAUAAGAAGAUCAUCACAGGAAUCUCUUCUGCAGAUGUUUUUAACUUUCAGUAAAAUAAUCUUUGUCUUUAUUUUUAUUUUAAUUAAUUUUCUCAUUUUUAAUCUUUAUUAUCGUUUUUCAGUCUGAGAUGAUUUCACGGCAGCAGAGUUCAACUGAAAUCAGGCUUUUAAAUGCAGUUUAAGGACCAAACCACUGAUGCUGGUCACCGUAGCAACGGCUCAGAUGCUGGUCACCGUAGCAACGGAUGCCGGUCACCGUGGCAACGGCACUGAUAUGGAUCAAAAUAUUAAACUCUGACUAAAGUGAACUUAUCUUUGUCUUACGUGUUAUUAAAUAUUGACUGUAAUAAAGUUAAUCAUUACGUAUAUGCUCUUAAACUGUCGUUUCUAUUUUUACUGCAGAAUCAAUAAAGAUUUUUAUUGUUAUCA